AUGACGGGCAUGAUUCCGCAGCAUUUGWCCGCUCAAGAUUCCGAUCGCGAGUCUAAUCGAUUUCCUUCAAGGCGGCUUCGAUUGAAGCGAGGAAUCUUCCUGCAGCCUCUCUCAAACAUCCUAGGAUGA